AUUUAUUUGCUUUAUGCGUGUGAGGGAGAGGUAGAAUAAUCAGCCGGUGAGGUGAGAAUUCGAAGCAAUCGCUGGAUUCACUUCUGAUUUGGACCUUUGAUAGAUAAGUAGCACCUGAAGCACAGGGAUUUAUGAACAGCCGCAUUAUGCAACGCAUUGCUAUUAUUGGAGGAACUGGAAUGACCGGCGAGUGCGCCGUGGAUCGCGCCCUGGAGAAGGGCCUUUCGGUAAAACUGCUUUAUCGCACGGAGAAGACCGUUCCGGAACGCUUCAAGUCCAAAGUUGAACUGGUAAAGGGCGAUGUGACCAACUACGAGGAUGUGCAGCGCCUCAUCGAGGUGGAGGCGGUGGCCGUCAUUCUGGGCACACGCAACAAGUUGGAGGCCACCACUGAGCUGUCCCGCGGCACCGAGAACCUCAUCAAGGCCAUGAAGGAGGCCAAGCUCACCAAGUUCUCCAUCGUCAUGUCCUCGUUCCUGCUGCGCCCGCUCAACGAGGUGCCCGCCGUGUUCCACCGCCUGAAUGAGGAGCACCAGCGCAUGCUGGACCUGACCAAGGCCUGGUCUGACUGGAUUGCCAUCCUGCCGCCGCACAUCGCCGAUGACCGGCCACCGCUACACCGUGGUGCAUGAUGAGCUCCUGGGCGCCUGGUGUCCAAGUACGAUCUCGGAAAGUUCAUUAUCGACAGUCUGGAGCAGCCAGAGCACUACGGCAAGGUGUGCGGCAUAGCAAGGCACCCAAAAGUGCCUAGAACAAUCCAUCAUCCAUGGGGAUUCGAACCAAUUGCAACUGAUCAUUGGAGACGUACAAAUUUAUUUGAUAUUUUGUCGCAGUCCUAUUAA